AUGGAUUCAUGGUCUGAUCUCCAGAUCAAGAAAAUGGAAGCCGGUGGUAACCGCAAUCUCAAUUCGUUUCUCUCUCAAUACGGAAUUCCCAAGGAAACAGAUAUUAUAACUAAGUAUAAUUCUAACGCGGCUUCGAUCUACCGCGAUCGGAUUCAGGCUCUCGCUGAAGGUCGCUCGUGGCGGGAUCCGCCGGUUGUUAAGGAGAAUGCUAAUACUAAUUCUCGAUCUGGUAAUGGUAAUGGUAAGGGGAAGCCGCCUCUUGCUGUUGGUUCUAAUGGAGGUUGGGAUGAUAAUUGGGGUAAUGAUAAUGAUGAUGGUUAUGGAUCUCGCGGCGGUGGUGGUGAUUUUCGGAGGAAUCAGUCUACUGGUGAUGUUAUGGGGUUUGGUGGAGGAGGGAUUGCACCGUCGCCCAGGUCGAAGUCGACGGAGGAUAUUUAUACAAGGACACAAUUGGAGGCUUCUGCUGCUAACAAGGAAGGGUUUUUCGCGAAGAAGAUGGCGAUGAAUGGAGCGAGACCGGAGGGGCUUCCUCCCUCGCAGGGUGGGAAGUAUGUUGGAUUUGGAUCUAGUCCAAAUCCUUCUCAGAAGAUGUCUAAUCAAAGUGAUUAUUUAUCUGUUGUUUCUGAGGGAAUUGGUAAAUUAUCGAUGGUUGCUCAGUCUGCAACCAAGGAGAUCACUGCCAAGGGGGCUGGGGAUAGUAAUCCGGAGUUUGGAGUUUGGUAG